ACACUGCAGUGUGAACGAGGCUGAACGCGGCCUUUUUUUCACCAGUGUCACCACAUCCUCACAAUUAUACACCAACAGAUGCCAAUUUGCAUCAAGUUGCUUGGGCCGCUUAAAUCAAUUUAAAUUGAUUCGGGAGUUCUUACAAAUCCUGAAAUUAAAAUGAGCAGCUGUGAUUGCGAAACGGCCAAGGAUCGGAAGAACUAGAACAUUACAAAACGGCAGAUGACAACCCUGCCGCUACAGUCGGCACUCAGACAUUACACAAAAGAACAACAAAAUAUUCAGGAGAGCGCAAAAUAGAGCUCAAUUCCCGGCUGUAACUGUAAAUUGCGAAGCGCGGAACUGUAAAUCGCCAUCUCUGCGAUGACCAAUAUCGAUCCGCUGCGGCAAGUGCUCGCCGAUUUGAUCAGCGAGUCGCAAUCCCCUUUAACUCCGGAGGGCAUCGUUCGGGAGUUUAUGGCCACUAGUAAACGACAGUUGCCACUCUGCGAGCUUCUCCAAAUCCUGGUGUCCAUUAGCGAGCAGCGGCCCAACUGCAUAGAGGUGACAAAGGAGAUCGCGGAUAUUCUUCAGCGCAAAGAUCCUAUGUACGCACUGCUGGUGUUUGUCGAGCGAUACUGCGAAAUCGACUUAUCCUCCAGGUGCAGCAGUGGGAUUAGCCUUUCAACAAUGGGCUCGCCGCAAGGGAACAGGACCCCGUCCAGCUCCGUCUCGGAUGUCAACCCCGCAGCCACUUUAGUCCCCAAAUCGGCAUGCUCAACCACAUCGACAGCCUCAACAACAUCGGCAGGCUCAUCCACAUCGGCACGCUCAACCACAUCCUCUAUACUUAGUGUGCCCCAGUCCCAGGACUUUCCCAUCUCGGCACGCUUAACCACAUCCUCUAUACUUAGUUUGCCCCAGGCCCAGGACUUUCCCACCUCGACGCCGGUGAAUAGCAAAAAGUUUGCUGACUCCGACUCUUCCUCCGGAGUUUUUGUCAGGCGGGGCCCAAUACAACGUAACCAUGGACCGAACAAGGAGGAGCGCGGCGAUUUAAGUGUGAUCAAGGAGCGUGUUCUAAGUGCCGUAUCUGAUCGAUCCCUAAACAGCUACCGCUCGGGGAUCAGCGAUGCGCCUAACAGCAGAUCGAGCAACAGCUCAAAGACGUCGGCUGUCAUGGCGACGCCAACUGGCGUGCCCGAUGAGUACCGCACCCAUUUACUGUGGGACUAUUACAAGGUGGACGGGAACAAGAUUCCAAAGGCAGAGAUCGCGGCCCUUCCGCUUUCCAGCCAGGAGAAUUUGCUGCUCGACGAGGUGCUGCACUGCCUCACAGGCGUGCGAGAAAGCCUCCUAGUGCCCCGACAGCCCGAUCCUACUACCGUUGGCCUGGCCAGGUUCGAGACGGGCUUUGACAUAAACAUGCAGCUUGACCGCUCGCUGGCAGAGAUGGUGCAGGACAUCUUGCCAUUGGCCUCCCACUUUAUGGGCAUGCAGAAGAUAGCCACGGCCACCGACGGCCAGGGUCAGGUGAUGAACUCACUGAAUGAGGCACUGCAGGAUCUUACACACGACUUCUACCUGUUGAUCGUACAAGCCGAACAGGAGCUGCGGCAACAUAGACUAACACUGCAGAAGCUACUUUACUACCUGCAGCCGACGCUCUGGGUGAUGGAGGAGAUCUGGACCUCGCUGGUGGAUAUUCAGCUAAGCGAUUAUCGGGAUGCCGCAGUGCUGACGUACCUGCACGAGCGUAUCAAGCGGCUGGAAGGCGACCGAGCUGCACAGCAGCUGAUCAUCGGAAUGGCGCGCAAGGCGGCCGAGCCGUACAUGCGAAUGCUACAGCUGUGGAUCCAGAAGGGCGUGAUCGUGGACCGCAACCGGGAAUUCCUUGUGGAGGACAACGAAGUGAUUCACCGUGACGAGCUGCCCGAGCACUAUUCGGACGACUAUUGGGAGAGGCGCUAUAACGUGCGCCGCGACCACAUACCUUCGUUUCUGGAAAAGUACUCGGACAAGAUCCUGCGCACCGGCAAGUAUCUGAAUGUGAUCAGGCAGUGUGGCAAGCGCGUAAUGCCCACGCAAGAGAUGCACCUUGAGUUCGACCCGACCAGCGAGCGGCACGUGUCCGUCAUUAAUGACGCUUACUACUUCGCCGCACGCAUGCUGCUGGAUGUGCUGCUAACGGAGAACGACCUGAUGGGUCAUCUACAGUCGGUGAAGCGUUACUUACUGCUUAAUCAAGGCGAUUUCACCAUGCAGUUCAUGGACGCCUGCGAGGACGAGCUGACAAAAAACGUGGACCAUGUGCUGCCCAUGACGCUAGAGAACCUGCUGGGGCUAACGCUCCGCCUUUCCUCUGCGCGUAACGAUCCCUACAAAGACGAUUUGCAUUGCGAGCUGCUGCCCUACGACCUGGUCACGCAAAUGUCUAAGAUCAUGAACCUGAAGGAAGAGUACUGGCAGGCACAGCCCCGCCUCGACCUGAGUGGCCUCGAGUGCUUCGCUUUCACCUACGAGGUGAAGUGGCCCUGCUCUUUGGUGCUAAACCACAUUGCCAUCUCCAAGUACCAAAUGCUCUUCCGACAGCUCUUCUACUGCAAGCACGUGGAGCGCCAACUCUGCAAGAUUUGGAAGGAAAACUCGAUUGCCAAAAAGUUCUCGCCGCAAGCGGCUGAGCUCUACAGAUCGGCGUUCACUCUGCGCCAGCGUAUGAUGAAUGCCAUCCAGAACCUGGAGUACUACAUGAUGAUCGAGAUAAUCGAGCCCAACUGGCACAUCUUUAUCGAAAAGAUGAAGACGGUGGAGAACGUGGAUAACGUUCUGCGUCUCCACCAGGACUUCCUCGACUCGUGCCUUAAGAACUGCAUGCUGACAGAGUCCUCACAUUUGAACCGUGCUAUCUUUAAACUCUGCAAGAUCUGCCUAAAGUUCUGCGACUUCAUUCAGCGCUCGCAGCGUUUCUUUCUGGACGCUGAGCUCAAGUCGAUGGUAUGUGACACCCACGAUAGCGCGGACAGCUCCGAGUCCGAACAGGAGAGCCUGCACCGGCCACAGUUGGAGACCUCACUGGGUCCAGAAGAUACGUUUUCGGAGCGGGUUAAACGCUUUGAUCUGGAAUUCACCGGCUUGCUGAUAUCGUUCCUCAAGCAGAUCAACACCAUGGCGAAGAAGAACACCGCUGAUUGCUUCAUGAAUCUCGUGCAUCGCAUCAACUUUAAUGCGUUCUACUCCGAUCAGAUGGAUAAGUUGUGUGCAAAGGAUGCCAUGGGCUAAGCCAACACGUCCACCAGAAAGGAUGUGGAAGCGGAAAAGACAAAAACAAAGUAUUAGAUAAAUGAAUUUCAUAAUCACAAGCGCACAUUUAACUAGACUGUUUUCCCACCAUUCCCGCAUGUCUUCUAAUUUGCCAUCCAACUAAGCGCACCAAUUGUUUCUCGUUUAGUUGUACAAAUUAUGUAUGUAUGUAAUUAUGUAUGAACCAAUAAACCAUUUGAAAUGUC